CGGAAAUAAGGUCAGAGAGGGAAACCCCGGCGGGGAGACUGGGCCUCAAAAGCGGCGCCAGUUGGAGGUGGCUGCGGCAGCCGAUGUGGCCUCAUGGAUGAGCUGGUACAUGACUUAGCCUCAGCCUUGGAGCAGACAUCUGAGCAGAAUAAGCUUGGUGAGCUGUGGGAAGAGAUGGCCUUGAGCCCUCGACAGCAGAGGCGGCAGCUUCGGAAACGCCGAGGCCGGAAGCGCCGAUCUGACUUUACUCACCUGGCAGAGCACACCUGCUGCUACAGUGAGGCCUCUGAGUCCAGCCUGGAUGAGGCCAUUAAGGACUGUCGAGAAGUUGCCCCAGUCACCAAUUUCAGUGACUCUGAUGACACAAUGGUAGCCAAACGGCACCCAGCUCUCAAUGCCAUUGUUAAGAGUAAGCAACAUUCUUGGCAUGAAUCAGACUCCUUUACUGAAAAUGCACCUUGUCGACCACUCAGGCGCAGGCGAAAGGUGAAGCGAGUGACUUCAGAGGUGGCUGCCAGCCUUCAGCAGAAGCUGAAGGUAUCAGAUUGGAGCUAUGAGCGAGGCUGCAGGUUCAAGUCCGCCAAGAAGCAGCGUCUGUCUCGCUGGAAGGAGAAUACCCCCUGGACCUCAUCAGGCCACGGGUUGUGUGAAUCAUCAGAAAACAGGGCUUUCCUAAGCAAAACAGGAAGGAAAGAAAGAAUGGAAUGUGAAACAGAUGAACAGAAACAGGGCUCUGAUGAAAACAUGUCAGAAUGUGAAACCAGCAGUGUGUGUAGCAGCAGUGACACUGGGCUCUUUACCAAUGAUGAAGGACGGCAAGGGGAUGAUGAACAGAGUGAUUGGUUCUAUGAAGGAGAAUGCGUCCCAGGAUUCACUGUUCCUAAUCUUCUGCCCAAGUGGGCUCCUGAUCAUUGUGCUGAAGUAGAAAGAAUGGAUUCGGGACUGGAUAAACUUUCAGAUUCCACAUUCCUUUUACCUUCAAGGCCAGCUCAGAGAGGAUACCAUGCUCGGUUGAAUCGUCUACCUGGAGCUGCAGCUCGAUGCCUCAGAAAAGGGCGAAGAAGGCUGGUUGGGAAGGAGACCAGCGUAAGUGCUUUGGGUACCGAGAGGAUAAGCCAUCUCAUCAGUGAUCCCCGGCAGAAAGAAAAGAAUAAAGCGUUGCCAUCUGAUUUUCCUCACAUUUCUGCCUGUGCACAUGAGUUGAAUCCCCUCUCUCCCCUUUACUCCCUGGACGUUCUUGCUGACGCUUCUCACCGACGAUGUUCACCAGCACACUGCACUGCCAGACAGGCAAAUGCACACUGGGGAGCCCCAUGCUCACGUGACAUCAAGAGGAAACGGAAGCCGGUGGCCACGGCAUCUGUGUCCAGCCCCAGUGCAGUUCACAUGGAUGCAGUGGAGCCGACCACACCAGCAACACUAGGCCGGAAAUCUCCAAAUUCUGAGUGGUUGGUCCGGACCUCUGCAGCAGACAAAGCCACUGACUCAACUACAGCAACAUUUUUUAAAAUGCCACAAGAGAAGAGUCCUGGGUGCAGCUAGGGAGUUCAGUUCCCCCUCCCUGGCAGCUGACUGAGUGUCUUAUACAGUCUUGGAGAUCUCAGUGGAGAUUCCCAGUUCUUUCACCUCCAGGAUUCCAGGACUGACUCCUCUUCACACACAGCAGCCAGCUCUCUUCGAAAGUCGUGAUGCGGGAACCUUUUUAUUUCUUUUUAAUUAGUAAAGUAUGGAGGCAGCAAUUUUCCUGUUUUAAAGGCUAUCCUAUGCUAUGUGUGUUACAUUAUUGCUAUCCUACCACUCACCUGCAGCUCUUUAUAUAGCUGUUGAUGUCUGUAGGUAGGUCUUCUUAAAAAACGAGUAACUGCUUUUGCAUACCUUUUGUAUACAGCCUUUGGUGUCACUUGAGGAAGGCCCAAAUUUGCAGCCAGUCCAAACAAAUUCCUGCAUGGAAUUGUAUCUGCAGGAGAAGAGACUUGCCUGGAGCCAGUCUCGAUUCCCUCAGAGUGCCAUUGAGACAGAUAUCCGAGUUCUCAGUUUGCCUCGAAAGAGACAAUAGGAGCCAGGGCUUGGGAACUUCUUCAGUUUUUCUGUGGAUGGUCUUGACGGGGUCACCAGCAGCUGCACUGUACUUUACCUCAUCUUCAGCAUUUGUUCUACAGAAAGUGGACACAUCUGUAUGCACAGAUGGGUGUAAUGAAGAAGAUGGUUUACCUUUUAGAGCUUUCAGUGAUACAAACAGCUCACUACAGCACAUGUGCCAUAGGUUCGCCACCACUGGUUUAGGUGUACAGCAAACUUAAAUAAUCAGCAGAUUGUGUCUUACUACUCCGUGUCACAGUGUAAGCCUUUAUGUCCUAAGAUGGGACUUUAUUGUUAGUGUUAUAUAUAGGUCAAUAACCUGCAGCAGAACUUCAUAUUCUAUUAUAAUAAUGGCUUCUUGGGGCCAUGCUUUGGAGAGGAAAAAUGUCUUUUUGAUAUGCCUUUGUACUUGGCAUGUUUAUGACGACUCAGCUACGUGUCGAGUUAUACAUACAGUAGUGCCUGAAGUCAGAUGCUACUCUGUCAAAAUGAGGAAUCAGUGACUGCCUGGAGCUGGUGGAGAAAAGCCACACUUUCUAAAAAGUAUUACCAAGAGUGUCUGUCAUUGAGGGGCCUGGUUGACAGAAGGGCUCUUUUUUUAUAUUACUUGAGUGCUUUUACUCUGAAAUACUUGGAGCUGUUUGCUAAAUUCUUUCUGCUCUAGUCAUGUGGGAAAGGAACACUCAACUCUAAACAUGGAUGUUUUGUUGGAUGUAGGUGUUGAGAGGGCUGGACCUUCUUGUCCCAAAGUGCGAUGGUCCCUUGCUCACAGAAUGUAUUUCAUGGUGUGUUGCUUUAUCAUGUUCCCUUUAAAACUUAUAGUUCUUAUCAGUAGAACUCUGGAAUUGCUUUAUCAAGGAAGUGGGCAGGUGGGAGAGUGUGAAUCUGGUUGGAAUGGGGGAUUGGAAACUAAGUUUACAUAGCACUUUAUGUAAAACCAGGAACAUGUCAGUUGACCAUGACAAGGAAAAGGGUGGAAGGAGAGGGGAUUGGAUAUUAUGGAUGGGAGGGAGGUAGUACUGAUGCCAGCCCAGCACUCUGGAAUCAUCUCUGGUUCUCAUGUUAGAAGUGAAUAUACUGACGAGGUAUCAAGGCUGCACUUCCUUUCCCUAUGGGUUGCACUCACAGAGGUACAGAAAAUGUCAUGUCUGUUGGACAUACAGUAGCGCUACUGACUUGUUUUGAUGACGAAGGUACAUUUUAUUAUCUAUCAUGUGUAGUGUCACCUAGUCCUCACAGUGGUCUGUGGCACAUAUUUCUAAUGUACUUGGUUGGAUUUAAAGAACACAUUUAUGGACACAAGUCUUUUUUCUUUGUGCCAAGCUCUGUGGCUCAUGCAGAGAUUAGUCCUGAGAUCAUGGUCUGCUACGGCCUCAGAUGCAGAGGGAAAGCCAGCAUCUUUUCUUCAUGACCUGUUGCCUACUAUCCCCCCUCCUUUUUUUAACCCACACUUAAAAUAAUUUAUAUAUGUAGCCUUAUUUACAUUUUAAACAUUUCUAUGAAGUCAUGCCAUUUUACAAAGGUGAAAACAGUCAUGGAGUUGAGUGACUUGCCCAAAAUCACAUGACUAAACCUGGACUAAAAUCCCAGACUGGAGACUUUUUUGCCUUGGGUUAUACUCUUGUUUUUUCACUGGUAGACCUGAGCAAUCUGAGACCCACAUUUAUGAGCUUGCCAUGAAUGUUUAUCGUUUUUCUUGGGUGUGCUUUUCUAUAUAGUUUAAAUACCUUUCAACAGGGAUCACCCAAGAAUGCAACAUCUACCUAAAAUAGAUGGGAAGAAAAUUAGUUGCCCAAGAGAAGAGAAUAUUAAGCACACAAAUAUUUUCCAACACAGGGUUAUAAAUGACUCUUCUCAUUUUAAGGUGCUGAAUGUGCAUGCUUAAGGAAUUAGUAAUCAAUUUAUUCUGCUUGGUUUUUUUAUAUUAACCAGUUCCAAAGGCUAACCGUAGAAUCCAGUGUAUUUGAAAUUUGAAAUUUGAAAUUUCCUCUUUAUAUGACAUAGUAUAUAAUGUUAUAAAGUAAGAAAAGUCUGUUACAUUUCAAGAUACAGUUUCAAAAUUAGAUUUUGUAAUAAGUGUUUAAAAAAAGGAAGCAUGACAUAUUUGAUAAUUGUGGAACUCAUAUGUUUGAUCUGCUGAAACAUCUAACUGAAGGUAUGUUCCACAGUUUUUAUUUCUGAGUUCUGAUUUAUCCUAGCUUACUGCACAAAUUGUCUGAAUCCUAUUAGUUUUCCAGUGGGAAAAAGUCAAGACAUUAUCUGCUUGCAUGAGAACCAUUCAUACAAAGUUAGUUUUACUUAUGAAUAUAAGAGAAUUUGAGAUUAUUCAUAUAAAGUUAGUUUUACUUAUAAAUAAAAGAGAAUUUGGGAUUAGUUUUCAGAUGGAGUAUUUUAAAAGAACAACUUCAUUUGUAUCAAAACUUGUCCCUUUUUGGUAAGAAUUGAGGAGAAGAAAUUAGCAGCUGUUUGUAAGGUUCCAGAUUUGGAGGGGGGAGAAUAUGAUUUGUACUGAGUGGAAGUGGUUGGGAAAUAGGCCACAUUUAGUCUUGAAUUCUUUAGAAAUCACUUGCAAGUAAACAUUUCAGCUAACAUUGUGUUACUGGCCUAUGAAAUAGGCUCUAAACAAGGCAGUGUUGGAAGCUGAAGUGGAGCUUCUUAAACUGUUACUCAAUGGAUGGCAUCCUUAGUUUAAAAAAAGCUCAACACCUAGGGCAAAUAAUUAAAAUAGGAAUCCCAGGUAAAUUAAUCUAACUUGUCUUCAUUUUGGAAUUAGAGACCAUACAUAUUCCUUCUACAGCCUGGGAAGUUCUGAUGGUGCCAAGUUAUCAUGAAAGCCACUUGGAGUUGAAGAGUUCCAACAGUGUUGAGGUAAAGGAGCUUGGCUGGCCCAGGCUCUUCUAGUGUGAUGGGUUCUGCAUUCAGUCUCCAGGGGAAGGUUCCUGGUGGUGUGUGGUUCAUUUUAGGUUUUUGCUUCAUUUUCACUUCAUUGCUGUGGUUCUGAGCCACACACUCCCACUCUACCCUUGGAAGGCUAUGCAAAAGUCUCAGCUUUUAAAAGCUCUAGUUAGUGUCCUGCAAGUCUUCUAAAUCUUAGUUGAAUUGAGCACAGACUGAACUACUCCAGCAGCCACGGAUGCAGUGGAGGUGAAGCAUAGUUUAGAGCAUGUGCCAUGUUUGUGGAUGGUGGGAGGGAUGGUAGUAGCACUUUGUUCAUGUCCUCUGCAUCCUUUGUUGAUGCUUGAGAUAGAUACCAGUUGUGCUUGUCAGUAUUGCCUGCUCUCUUGCUCCUGUUGAGACAGCAGAGUUACUGCUGCCGGUAACAAUCAGGACUUGUUCCAAUCCAUCAGCAGCAGAAAGAAGAGGUGAAGAAAAUGGUAAGUCUCACCAUCAGGCACUAAACACAUGUGCCCAAAGAUGCUGUCAUCUCAGAUCACAAGAAGACGAAUGUCCAAAGCCUGGAAACAGCAACACUGAAAAGAAAUAAGAUCAGCAGUAUUUCUGAAGAGUGCGCAUUAUAAACCCAACAAAAUUAUUUAUGACCAGAAGAACAAAUAUUCCUGCAAAUAGACAAAAUCACUUAGCAAAAUUGCCAGAUGUGGAGAGUAAAUUUUUUCAAACACAGUAUUGAAGAAUGGGGCAGAUCCUGAAGAUAUUUACCAAGGCAGGCAAAGAGGAGACGCACAGAACGGGGCUUCUCAAAGUGUGGUCCCUGGACCAGCAGCCUUCUCCCCCACCAGCCCUCCUGAGUCGGAAGCAGGGUGAGCUCCAGCAGGCUUUUAUUUAACAUAUCCUACAGGAGACUCGCACACUCAAGUUUGGGAACCAUGGGUUUGCCACAGUUAAAAAGAAAUGUUUUUAAUGUGCUGGUAUCUUAGCUAAGCUCUGAACUGCUGUUCUGUUUCUCUGUAAGUAAAGAAAUGUUUUGUGUAUGAUUCUUUGCAGAAAUUGUUAAUGUCUUUAUCUUCCACAUUUCCCCGCAACAAGUUCCUGAAAAAUUGGAAAUAUUGAGAAAGGACAAUGUGGAGAAAAACAAGUCCCUAUUUAAGUGGAUGGAAAUAACUAAAAAUGGGUAAAAAUAUAGCAAAGAAUUUUUAGUCUUUGA